UCAGCCAAGCUCAGCAGCCCCACACCUUGCAGCCUUGAGCCGAUUCCGCUCCUCUUCCUAUCCUAGGCUAGCAAAAUGAGCUACUCUCGGUCCACCAUCCACUCCAGCUCCUUCAGACCUGUGAAUACCACCACAACCCAGAGCAUCAUCUCCUCCAAGAGGUAUGCCCCUAUCGCCAGUGCUGCCAGCGUCUAUGCUGGAGCCGGAGGUUCUGGGUCUAGAAUCUCUGUCUCCAGGUCUUCCAACCUUGGCUCAAGCUACAUCGGAGGUGGCGGGGGUGGCUAUGGAGGGUUCAGCAGCAGCUUCUCCCUCUCGGGCUCCGGGGUGGUCCAGAACGAGAAGGAGACCAUGCAAGAGCUGAAUGAUCGCCUGGCCAGCUACCUGGACAAGGUGCGCAGCCUGGAGGCCGAUAACCGGAAACUGGAGAUCCAGAUCCGAGAGUACAUGGAGAAGAAGGGGCCCAGCACCCAGGACUGGAGCCACUACUUCGACAUCAUCGAGGACCUAAAGAAUCAGAUCUUUGACACCACAGUGGAGAAUGCUCGCGUUGUGCUACAGAUUGACAACGCUCGGUUGGCCGCUGAUGACUUCCGUGUCAAGUAUGAGGCUGAACUGGCUAUCCGUCAGUCAGUGGAAAAUGACAUCCACGGCCUCCGUAAGGUCAUUGAUGACACCAACAUGAGCCGCCUGCAGCUGGAGAGCGAGAUCGAAUCCCUGAAGGAGGAGCUGAUCUUUAUGAAGAAGAACCACCAGGAUGAGGUCAACAACUUGCAGGCUCAAAUCGCCAGCUCUGGGCUGACGGUGGAAGUGGACGCUCCCAAAUCACAGGAUCUGGCUAAGAUAAUGGCGGAGAUCCGGGCACAAUAUGACGUUCUGGCUCAGAAGAACCUGGAAGAUUUGGACAAGUACUGGGGCCAGCAGAUCUCUGAGAGCACCGUCAUCAUCACUCAAAACACCAAAGAGAUCGAAAGCGCCCGUACCACCAUCACCGACUUGCGUCGUACUGUCCAGACGUUGGAGAUCGAACUGGAGUCUCUGCGCAACCUGAGAGCAGGUCUGGAGGGUAACCUGCGGGAAGUGGAAGCCCGCUACGGCAUGCAGAUGGAUCAGCUCAACGGGAUGUUGCUGCGGGUCGAAGCGGAGCUGACACAGCUGCGGAACGACGUGCAGCGCCAGGCCGAGGAGUAUCAGGCUCUGCUGAAUAUCAAGGACAAACUGGAGGCUGAGAUUGCUACCUACAGGCGCCUCCUGGAAGGUGGAGAGGAGCUGAGCCUGAAAGAUGCCCUGUUGGAAAGCACCAUGCAAACCACCCAAAAAAUCCGCACCACCGCAGUAGUUGAUGGCAAAGUGGUAUCAGAAACAUCUGAAACUAAAGUGAUGAAGCGUUAAUCCCACCAUAUACAGCAAGAAAUGCCUCCCGAUGCAGCAGAAAUGUCCUUUGUCCCCAAAUUGGAGGCUCUUUGAGAGAGACCGGGGUGGCUCUCUAAUUUUUAUGAAUGCAGUUCAAUAAAAUUGCUAAGAUGAA